CUGCUGCGGUCACUCUAAACGAACGGAAUUGUUUUAUCGCGGAUUGUCGCGUUAUUUCGUUUGUGUCGCGCCUCAAUCAAAUUCACCUUAAAAAGUAAUAAACGAAAAGUAGAUUACGAUUUCUGGUCGGUGUUAUCAAAAAUAACGGGAUUAAAUCGAGACAUCACUAUCUCUUCCUCCUCUUUCCACUCUGCGCGCGUCGCUUUUUCUACCUGUAGCGCAGUCGCGACAGCUAAAAAUUAAUAAAAACCGAAAACGAAAAAGAAAAAGUGUAAAUUGGAUAACAAAACAAAAAAUAAUUAGAAAGAAAAAGUUUACGAUCGAUCGUCUGUUUUUUAUAUAACGACAACAACAAAGCAAACCAGUUAUUAAAUGUUUUGGUGAAUAGUGUGAAACAAAUUCUCGGCUCAUACACAUACAUUCCCAUAGUUCCUAUUCCGGUCCGAUCAGGUUCUUUAAAUCGCAGAUCAUAAGAAAAUCAAUACCCGCAACAAUAUGCAAAAUUAAGCCAAGAGGAGAGUGCUUUUCUGUUUAGAAAUCGUGGAGUGUGAAAAAGUGUAGCAGUACAAAAAAGGAAGGGAUUAUUAUAAAAGUUAACAAUAAUAUCCUGGUGUGUAAAUAAAAGUGCUUAUACAUACACACACUCAUAUACCAAGAAGUUACAAAACAAAGGAGGAAAAAAGCGGCAAGAUGAAUAAAACCUGUGCGCGAUGCCAAAAGGUGGUUUAUCCCAUCGAGGAGCUCAAGUGUCUGGAUAAAACAUGGCACAAAACGUGUUUCAAAUGCACAGAAUGCGGCAUGACGCUCAAUAUGAAAACCUACAAGGGCUACAACAAAAUGCCCUACUGCGAGGCACACAUCCCGAAGGCCAAGGCAACGGCCAUUGCCGAUACGCCCGAACUGAAGCGCAUCGCCGAGAACACGAAAAUCCAGUCGAAUGUUAAAUACCACGCGGACUUUGAGAAGGCCAAAGGCAAAUUUACACAGGUGGCCGAUGACCCGGAAACGCUGAGGAUCAAACAGAACACGAAGCACAUAUCGAAUGUGGCAUAUCACGGCGACCUGGAGAAGAAGGCGGCCAUGGAGAAGCAGCGAGGAUCCGCCGAGGUUUCCGACAGCAGCAAUGAAUCGGAAUAUUUCUCUGAGCAAUUGGCAGCUGAACAAUUCUCGCAAUAUGCACCCACAGCCUCACCCAUACCGCCAGCAGUGACAACACUACACCAGCAACAACAACAGCAGCUGCAACAGCAGCAGCAACAGCAGCAGCAAGCGCAAUACCAGCAACUGCAGCAGCAGCAGCAGCUGCAGCAACAACAGCAACACCAACACUAUCUGCAACAGCAGCAACAGACCCUGCCACCGCCACCCAUACAACAUCAGCAAUACAACACAGCGGCCAUCACGCCCACAUACCAACAACUCCAACAGCAACAACAUCAGCAACAGCAACAACAGCAGCAGCAACAGCAACAGCGAGCACAGCAGCAACUGCACGAUCCCUAUGCACACUAUCAGCAACCGCAGGCACUGCGCCAGCAACAACAGCAGCAACUGCUGCAACAGCAAGCCAUUAAACAAGCCUCACAUCUGUAUCCCACAGCAACACCCCAGCAGCAUCAGCAGCAGCAGCAACAGAUGCCGCCACCUCAAUCGCCGGUGAAUCCGCAGCAACAGGCGCUCAACAGUUACAAUGAGAUGCGCUCGGCCAUACUCCAGAAUUCUCAUCAUCCCAGCGGCAAUUCCGAGGAUCAGUACGACCAGCCACAGCAGCAGCAACAUCAGCCGCAACAGCGCAUCAGCAACAACACGCUGGUGGCUGCCCCACAGCAGCAGCAAUCGCACCACAGUCUGAUAAACAACAAUUCAACCAACGGCGGAAUUUUGCACAACAACCACAGUAACGUCAACAAUAAUGGACAUGGAUCCCAAAGUCAAAUGUUGCCGCCACAAAUGAGACGUUCGGCGGCCAGUGUCGCCUACGAUGGCAACAACAAGCAACAAGUUGCAACCGCAGGAGGAGUGGCAGCCGGGCCAGGAAUCGCUCAAAAUCAUCUGCAGCAGUUGUACGCGUCGCCUAAUUAUGCCGCUGUUACACCUUCGGAAAAUUCUAUAAACGUAAAGCACCACAGCAGCAAUGGCCAUGUGCCAAACCAGCAGCAACAUGUGGCAGGAGGCAGCAAUAUCGGAAAGAUAGCGGACUACGAUCCGCUGACGGAUGGUCCAAGGGUGGUGCCCAAUGCCGGCAGGUCCAGCACUACACUGGUCUACAGCUCCGAGCCGCGGGCCAUUCAAGGUGGCAACAGUGUGUAUCCCAAGAGGAUUGGUUCCGUUUCCGAUAUUGAUCCGGCCAAUGGCAUUUAUGGAUCGCUUAGCGCCGCCGAGCAGGCUCUCCAGCAGCAGAAGCACCAGCAGUACUACCAACAGGUGCAGAUGAUGCAGCAGCAGGAGCACCCGCCGCAGCAGCAGAUGCGCCAGCAGCCAUCUUACUCCUCUCUGCAGGAGAAACAAUCGCGCCAGAGCUCAGCAUUGCGCGUCUAUCGAGCCAUAUACGACUACGAGGCGCAGGACGUCGACGAGGUCAGCUUCCGGGAGGGUGACGUCAUCUUUGAGGUGGAGUCUAUCGAUUCCGGCUGGAUGACCGGUCGGGUAGAGCGUACCGGUAAGACCGGAAUGCUGCCUGCCAACUAUGUGGAACAGGCGGUUAUAUAA